AUGCAGUCUCAGAGGAUCCCGGGGAGAAAGCGAGGCCGACCCCCGCUUCACUCAACACCUAUGAAGAUGGCGGUUCAUAACCUUUAUUCCGCUUCAGCUGGCUCUUUGCCAGCAGUGAAGAUUCCAAAGAAAAGAGGGCGGAAGCCUGGGUACAAGCUCAAGUCUCGGGUUCUUAUGACUCCUUUAGCCCUCUCACCUCCGCGAAGCACACCGGAGCCCGACCUCAGCUCCAUCCCUCAGGAUGCAGCCACCAUACCCAGCUUGGCGGCCCCACAGGCUCUCACAGUCUGCCUCUACAUCAACAAGCAAGCCAACACAGGGCCGUACCUGGAGAGGAGGAAGCUGCAGCAGCUCCCCGAGCGCUUUGGGCCUGAGAGGCCAUCGGCGGUCUUACAGCAAGCCGUACAAGCGUGCAUCGACUGUGCCCACCAGCAGAAGCUGGUCUUCUCCCUGGUCAAACAGGGCUAUGGUGGCGAGAUGGUGUCAGUCUCGGCGUCCUUCGACGGGAAACAGCACCUGCGGAGCCUGCCCGUGGUGAACAGCGUCGGAUAUGUCCUCCGCUUCCUCGCCAAGCUGUGCCGAAGCCUCCUGUGUGAUGACCUCUUCAGCCACCAGCCUUUCCCUAGGGGCUCCGGUGGCUCUGAGGAAGCCCAGGCCAAGAAGGAAGGUAGGAUGGAGUCAGCAAAAACAGCCACCACUGAGGAGUGCCUGGUGAACCCUGUAGGCAUGAACCGCUACAGCGUGGACCCCUCUGCCUCCGCCUUUAGCCACAGGGGCUCCUUGCCCACCUCCUCCUCGCUGUACUGCAAGAGGCAGAACUCUGGAGAUGGCCACCUUGGGGGAGGCCUGGCCACCACAGCCAGUGGUCCCCGCUCCAGCCCCAUGUCCUCUGGAGGCCCCUUGGCACCUGGACUGAGGCCCCCAGGCUCCAGCCCCAAGAGAAACGGGACCUCUCUUGAAGGAAACCGAUGUGCCUCGAGCCCUUCCCCCGACGGGCAGGACGCCAGGCGGCCGAGGAGCAGGAACCCGUCCACCUGGACUGUGGAGGAUGUGGUCUGGUUUGUGAAGGACGCUGACCCGCAGGCUCUGGGUCCUCACGUGGAGCUCUUCAGAAAGCAUGAGAUUGAUGGCAAUGCACUCUUGUUGCUGAAGAGCGAUAUGAUCAUGAAGUACUUGGGUCUGAAACUGGGACCCGCGCUGAAACUCUGCUACCAUAUUGAUAAACUGAAGCAAGCCAAAUUCUGAAGGUUUUUACAAAGAUAGAAGCGAAAUCCAGACAACAGGUCUCAAGAUCAUCUUCUGCCUUACCAACAUCCAGCCACCAUCACAAAAUGGAUUCUCUCCUGAAAAAUAACAGCCACAAAGACUGGGUCUUUCUUUAAACCUUGUGCAUCUCUGCCUUUUAAAAAAAUUCAACAUGGCCCUUUUGAAAGGCUCUUCUGUGUUAAUGAUUUGCCAAAAAAAAUAAUGGAAAAGCCUAUUAUUUUAGCAUUUCUGAUAGGUUGGUUGCUCUGAGAAUGGGUCCUAUUUUUACGAUGAGAGAUCAGGGAACCCAGUGCUACAGACCACGGAGAACCCUGGAGGGUUCCAAGGAGGUGAGAAGAAAGACCUUUGCCUCUACAGGGACUCCACCAUAGCACCACCUGUCUUUAACUCUGCCCCAGGGACCUGUCAUUGUGAGCCUUGCUUAAUUCAGCUCUGGAAGCUGUCUUCUGAGGAAACAUGCCUCCUCACCUUGCACUAUCUGGAAAACUUGAAUUCUUUUGCUCUCUG